CCCAUUAUUAUCGGGCCCAAUACAGUGUGUAAUGAACUACGUUGACGGUGCCAUGCUCUUCCCUUCUCCGCCAGAUCGACCAAGAACUUCUUCGCAUUUUCUCUCUUCUCUGUUGAAGAAUUCAACAUGUGCCGGCAAAAUUCACCGGUGCAUAAUUCCGGUGAAGAAGAAAUUACAGCUGAUGAAAGUCUUUUGAUUUAUUGCAAACCUGUUGAAUUCUACAAUAUUCUCUAUCGUCGUUCUCUUCACAAUCCUACUUUUCUUAAGAGAUGUUUGCGCUAUAAAAUAAAAGCAAAGCAAAAAAGGAGGUUGCGAGCAGGAAUUGUGGUUUUCAACUAUAGGGACUGUUACAAUGCGCUUCGAAAGACUGAAGUGACUGAAGACUUUUCUUGUCCAUUUUGCUUGAUGCAGUGUGCGAGCUUUAAGGGUUUGCGAUUUCAUCUUUGUGCAUCACAUGAUCUAUUCAACUUUGAGUUCUGGGUCACCAAUGAUUACCAAGCAGUGAACGUCUCUGUAAAAACUGACAUAUUGAGAUCAGAGAAUGUUGCUGAUGGAGUAAUUCCACAAUCACAAACCUUCUUCUUCUGUUCAAGAUCUCGAAAGCGUAGACCAAGAGGCUCCGUUCAAAAUGGGAAGCAUGCCAAUGUAAAUUUCCUGAAGUUGGAUUCACCAGAAGGCAUACAGAAUGGGGUUCUACAGAAAGACAACGAUAUCCUGUCCAGCAAAGGGGAGAAUAUGUCAAGAGCAUCUCGUAGUGAGAAGAAUUUGCAGAAUGAGGGAAAUGGUGGGGUAAAAUUUGGUCCUGAUCAUCCUAGUGCCAUGGAUUACGCGGAACAUGUUGAAUCUAGUUUUAACAUUCCAGGUGCUUCAAUUGCCAUGCCCCAAUCUUCUGAGGACCCUGAAUGUAGCAAAUCAAUAUAUAAAAGUGAUCCUGCUCUGCCUACUAAAGCAAAGAAGUUAAAUGCAGACCGUUCAGACUCAAAAAGUCGUAUGCUCCUGCAGAAGAGGCAGUUCUUUCACUCACACAGAGUUCAGCCCAUGGCACUGGAACAAGUGUUGUCAGACCGUGAUAGUGAAGAUGAAGUUGAUGAUGGAGUUGCUAACCUGGAAGAUAGAAGGAUGCUUGAUGAUUUUGUGGAUGUUUCCAAAGAUGAAAAGCAGCUCAUGCAUCUCUGGAACUCUUUUAUGAGAAAACAAAGGGUACUGGCUGAUGGUCAUGUUCCGUGGGCUUGUGAGGCAUUUUCCAAGCAUUAUGCAAAAGAGCUGAAUUCAUCCCGAACUUUAUUUUGGUGUUGGAGAUUAUUCAUGGUCAAACUUUGGAAUCAUGGGCUUCUUGAUGCAUCAACAAUGAACAACUGCAGUAUAAUAUUGGAAAGCAACCAAAACGGGGGAUCAGACAGUGGCACAAAUUGAAGACCAUCUGUCUCAUCCACAACAAUAUAUAUACAAUCUUCCUUGCCUUGUAUUUGUAACAAAUUGUACAAUAUUGAACAAUGUAUGCUAUUAAAAUAUUGGGGGUGGGGGCUGUCUUUUAAGUUAUGUUUCGAACUGCUGAGUGAGUUAUGUCUAAGUUAUAAAACUGAACAAAAAAAUUAUAACUAUAAAAAUGUAUACAGUACAGAAGGUUAACAAUAUCUGCUUGGAAAAAGGUUUUGUGACAAGUUUUGUCUUGAUUUUAAUAUGACGGUGGAAUUUUUAUUAUAA